CGAUAGAUGUCGCCACUAUGAGCCACAUGUUUUGUGGCGAUAUCUUCUAAUGUCGUCUGGGGGGACGGAGUGGAUCGAAAACUGUUGGUUUGCAAAGAUGUCUGAAUAAGGUUUCCCUGAAAUAUCCAUAUUGCAGUAUAAAAAGAAAAGCAAUUAUAACACUGCACACAUGGCUGAGUGUGGGUUUGGGAUGAGACUUGCUAUUGCUUCCAUCAGUAAGCGUUUCCCUCAAGCUAGAAACAUCAGCACAACGUGGCUGGAGGGACGAUUGCACCACAGUCAGGAGUCUUCCAGCUCCACAUCGCCUGUCAAAAUCCUGGACUGUAGAUCGGAAGAGGAGUUUAACAUCAGUCACAUAGAGGACGCUGUUAACAUCAACUACGAAUCGCCUGCAGAAGAGAUCCUUACGGUGUGGAAGAUAGACCAAUCAACACAUGGUGAUCACUCUCACGGAAAUUCUCUUGUUAAUACAGAAGCUGUGAUAACAAGAUGUUUCACAAAUGCUGUGGAUGUGGUUUGCUACUGUUCUGUAGGAUACAGGUCUGCGUUAGUGGCUCAAAAACUGCAGGACCACGUCAGGAAAUCUACCGAAGACAAAAAUCUUUCAUUCUACAAUCUGAAAGGAGGUCUAUUUAAAUGGGCCAAUGAGAACAGACGUAUGGUCGACUUACAAGGAGAGAUAACCAAAUUCGCCCAUCCCUAUAACGCCGUGUUUGGGAAAUUACUCAAUUCUGAAUUACACAAGUCUUAGAAGGACAUCUCUGGAUAUCAGCACGUGAAAUUCACACGUGUAGGUCUAAAAAUAUGAUAGCUUGAGUAGUAACGGGUCAAACUGUUGUAUGAUAUACAUAUGGAACCAUUCGAUGCGUUUCUGCAUGCUGGAAAGAUGUUUUAAAAAUAUGUAUGUGUAUAUUUGUAGGCAUUCUACAAUACGAUGUAUGUAACAUUGUUUUAUUAUCACACUGACAAAAUAUUCAACUGAAAUACUAGCUGCAGAACUGUAGCUCUCCGGAAAAAAUUAUGUUGACAGACCGGAGAGCUACAAUGCCACUCAUAGUAAAAACUGUAUAUUAGUAAAACGUUUAAUACCAACAUAGUAAAACUGUACAUAAUUUUUUUCGGAGAGCUACAGUUCUGCAGCUACUGAAAUACAUAUUGCUGAUUAUAGUUUGUGACCAACAUGCAUGCGUUAAUUGUUAGGCACAUACUUGAGAAAUGACUGAGGAAAUUACACUGUACCAUGGUAGGGAUGUGUUUGAAACGAAGGGUGUAUAUAAUGUAAUUCCCUGCAGAUUGUAAUACAUGUUAUAAAAAAUUACAAAUAUGACCUACAAAAGCAAUGGGACCCAAUGUAGAUUUAGCACUUGGAAUGAACUUUCAAAUUUUGGCGGUCAUUUGGCUAAAAUUGAUAUAGUUAAUCACAUGUAGUGAGCGGGCCAAAGUUUAGUAUUGAGUAUUUAUUUAGUAUUCAUUUGAAUGUAUAUUACCACAGCAAAAAUUCUACCAGGAUUGACGCGCUGGAGCGCCGACAAUCGUAGGCUUAUGUUUUCAUUCAAUAAAUUAUAAACUGUU